AUGGCAGGUUCCAUCCAGAACAUAGUGGCAACUCCGCUACAUGCUGUUGCCGAGUCGAACAUUGCUCUUGCCCAUGUGAACUUUGAUUUCUCACUGGUCAAAGUCGAGGCGCCUGCCGAACUUCAACCCGUGGGAAGACAGCUUUCUCAAGCCCGGCGACAGUCUGCGGAAGACGGUUCAUUUCACAUUCUGGCUCGGCGCCUAGGUGUGCUAUUUGAUGAUGUUCUGCCGGAGGUACCACUAUUAUUGGAGGCGGGCAUUGAUAGCACGACAAUAUGGGCUAGUGCAACUAGUGGCAGGUCGGUGCUUCGCAUUCAUCUUCUCGCAUGUUUUUUGGCCCGCAUCUGGACUCAUCAGGAAGCAACGGGGGUUUGGAAGGAUAUUGUAGAACAUCGCCAGGCAAUGAUUAGAAGACAAGCUCAAUCAUCUGAAAUUAUGGAUAACUACUUGGCGCAACUAGCUGCCGCCCAUGAAAUCGAUGAAGCGCUAUUAGCAAGCUGGGAUUCCAGUGCUCGAGCCUGGUUACAAAUCGCAGACCAAGCGAAGAAGAAAGAGCAGAUCCAGGUGCAGUUAAUUGUCAACAACCGUUCAGUGGCAGUAAAGGACCAAGAAAAUUCCGAUGACCAGCCAUCUCCAAAGCCAAACAGCUAUGACAGUGUUAUGUCUAACUUUAACCGCGCCUUGACUGCGAUGGAAAGCUUGAUCAAGGGGGAGCCACAAAGAAUAACAGACGCGGGAAUCAUGCUCGGCUUAACCUCGUGGCAUCUCUAUCCGGAUUUGGUAGUACUUACAUCAAGUACAAAGGAGAUAUCCCAGAAAGAUCGACUGGUGAAGGAAGGCGGAAUCGUCACUAUUGCAAUCGCCCCUGAAACUGGCCCGCGUGCAGAUGGAGUAUAUUGGUCUUUGCCACUGGCGAGUCUUCGUUACUACGGCACUGUUAGACGAGAACGAUCGACUAUGCAUGACUCCAGAAUCUCAGUGGAGCAACUACAGGCCUUAGCACUUGGUGCUUCUUUGGGCUCCUAUGACAAUGCAGUUUCUGCUGCAAAAUUCAUAGGGUCACUCUGGAGGCUCUUUCAUUAUAUAUACCAACUCAAAUUGCAUCAGAUUGCCGAGAAACCACUGGAGCUUCCCGAGGACUUAUCACGGUAUAGUGUGGUUGACCUUAUCGACGAUCGGGAGUCGCUUGAGUCAAUCAUGAAACUGCUACAACUGAUGUUCCCCCUCAGAGAUGGCAUUGAAUUGCUGCUCUCGGAUGAUUCUGGAGAGAGACAGAUCGCAAUGCAACUCUUGCGAUACGGCACCAACUAUGGAAGAUCCUGGCUUGGAAACGAUGCAAGCUCAUUGUCGGUGUUCCUUUGUCUAACCAAUCUGCAAGCCCUGCUCGGAAUGAUUCGAUACUCUGGUGGACGAAUCAAUAUUCUUCGCACGCUAUGCUCCAAGUAUCAGCUCAAACCGUCUGAAUAUGUGAUUCGCUUCCGAACUCGGCACAACUCGUGGGCAUUCUCGCCUAUAUUACACAACCAUCCAGUAGGUGUUCAUGGUGGCAUGAAAAGGAAGCGAGAUGAAUAUGAGACAUCAGAUGCAGACAUUAUUGAGUGCGUCGAAGUCCCACCAGGAGAGGACUGGAUUUGCAUUGCUACGCCAGCGACAUCGAGGGAACAUGCUGUUCCAACCAGCGCACCUGGUGCCUUCGAAGACAUAUUUGCAGAGCUUAUGGAAGAUAGUCCGCAGACCAGAGAAUCUGUUCUAUUUGACUUUGUGUUUGGGGAUCAUAACCUCGCAGCCGUUUACAGAAGGCGAACCAUCCAGUCACCACCCAGUAAUAAGCCACUUCCGAACACAGUUCCACUGUCAAUGGUCCAAGAUCUGCUUGAUAGAAAUGCUUUGAUGCCCGAGAAAGUGGCCGAAUAUAUAUUGGACCGGUUCGGGUCGACACAAGCUCUUCAUGAGAACUCACUUCUCGCUCUUGGACGGGUAAUAGACUACUACAAACACUACUUGCCUCAGGCUACGGUAUCUAUGAGCGUCAUAAAGAGCCCUAUGACCUCGUGGAAAUGGGUCCCAUCAUUGUUGCACCCGCUUGAUCUAUCAGCCUCUCUCGCCACGCAGCAAGCUCGCGAAGGAUCUAUUCCUAGCUCCGUUUAUUUAAGUCUACUAUCUCGAGAACAUGCAUUUGCAGCUAUCCUCCAGUUUGAGUCCGGUACAAUCAGUCUGGAUACCCCAGACCUUGAAGCGGUGUUUGCAAUUUCCAGUGGCAACUCCCUUUUCAUUGCCAAGCAACUACUAUACGAUCCUACUCCAGCAGAUAGAUUCGCGCCCUAUGCCGUUUCUCAUGCCAUCGGAAACGUGGGGAAGCCGGGCAUUGCUCUUCUUGUUUCCCCGCCCGAACUGGAGAUACGAGAACACACGCUUGAGCGGUGGCGCCUUGUCAACCAUCAUCCAUUUGAUGGAAACCCAGUGGGUGGAAGGUUUGACGGUACAUCGUUGCAUUUGUCAUUUACUGGAUGGGAUGGGCCUGUGAGCUUGGAUUCUACCAGCUACAGAACCAUGGAAGCCUACUAUCUUCAAACAACCAUCUCCGUCAAUGAUGGCGGGGAGUGGCGUAUCCUUCUUUCUCAAGAGGAUUAUGCAAUCACGAUUCUAGCUUCCAGACAGCCCUAUUAA